CGAAAAUGCUUUUCACUGCAACAACAGUAGAUGUGUUUCUUUGAGUUCCGGGUGCAAUGGACUGAAUGAUUGUGGUGAUAAUUCGGAUGAAGAAUCGUGUGUAAAUACAGGACCAUGUUCUGGUGACCAGUUUAAGUGCUUCAAUGGUAAAUGUAUCCCCAAGUCAUACAGAUGUGAUAGCCAGGAUGACUGUGGUGAUAUGUCUGAUGAAAAGGGCUGUGUUACAGACACAUGUUCUUUAAACCAGUAUAAGUGUCUCAAUGGCAAAUGUAUCCCAAUGACGUAUAAGUGUGAUAACCAAGAUGACUGUGGUGACAACUCUGAUGAAAUAGGCUGUGAUACAUGUGCUGAUGUCCAAUUUAAGUGUCUCAAUGGCAAAUGUAUCCCAAGUGCGUAUAAAUGUGAUAACCAAGAUGACUGUGGUGACAACUCUGAUGAAAUAGGCUGUUUUACAGAUUGUUCUUCUAACCAGUUUCAGUGCCUCAAUGGCAAAUGCAUCCCAAGUUGGUAUAAAUGUGAUAACGCGGAUGACUGUGGUGACGAUUCUGAUGAAAUAGGCUGUGUAAAGACAUGUGCUCUGUUUGAGUUUAAAUGUGACAAUGAUAACUGUGUACCGGAUAGUGAUGAAUGCGACAAUUAUGAUGACUGUGGUGAUAAUUCAGAUGAGAGGAAUUGUUAUUACUCCUCUUAUUAUUUAUCAACUGGAACUUAUAGUGGUAUUGGUGUAUCAGUUACAUUUGUAAUAUUUUUCGUAAUAGCAGCUGCUAGUUACAGACGGAGACGAUACGGAGGUGUCUUUCAAAGCGCUCCAGUUCCGUACACGACAAGCUUUCAACCAAAGACUUAUGGAAACGGUCCAAAAGUUUAGACUACAAGAUGGAAUAUACAGGUCACAAUCCUAUGGAAUACAAUUACUGCUUAUUUCGACGUUUCGACUAGGAUUCUCUAGUCAUUAUUAAGCAAUGAUAAAAUAUGAAAAUAUAACAAGACAAUAUAUACAUGUACAUAACAAUACUUAGUUAAUGCUGACCAACCAGAGAUACCCCUAAAUUGCGUGUACCUAAAGGCAAUGUAAUUUAAUUAAGAAAUAUAAAGUUUAAUGCUAAUAACAACAUUCAAUAAGGUCAAUUUACCUGAAACCCCGUGUAAACGGACCUAACCUUUUUGUUUAGUAUUAUUUUUAAUUUUGAUUUUGACAUUUAUAAUAGAAAACCGGUGUUACAGACUAAUCGUUACUUGAAAAAUAUAUUUUUUUUAA